UUUGUUGCCUGUUGUUUGGUUGCCGAGAAACUGAGAGAAAAUAAUAGGGGAAAAACGGAUGGUUUGAAUUUUUUAUUACCCGAGAGAGUAUUAGAUACUGUAGUUUUUUCGAUUUUUACUGCAUUGUUCUCGCAAACUAAAGGGACCCAUUUGUGAGUUUGUGAAGCUUUUACCUUUGUGGGUUCAAAUUUCUUUGUUUAGAGAGUGAAUUGCUGAGAAUCCCCCUCAAUUUUCCGGUAAAAAACUUGUGGGUUCUGCUUAUUAAUUUAAAAAGUUUCCUUCUUGGGCUCGUAGUUGAUUCUAUUGGGCAUGCAUUUUCAAAUUUUCAGUGAUCGUGGAAGUUUCUUGCUCGAGAUCUUUGGAUUUUAUGUGAUGUUUUUAGUUAGGUUUCGUUAUGCUUUCUGUUUCAAGUUCUUAUGUGGACUACAAUGUUCCGGUAUCGGAAAUUUCGAUGCUCAAUGAUUCCAUUUUGCAAGAUAGUUCAAACUGACCAAUGCACUGCCAAAUCUAUAAAAAAAUACAGAGUUGAAAACGUACCAAUUUAAUUAAGAACUUCACAAGGUGUAAGCCAUUCAUUGUUUCCAUGGUUUUACUGGCGGCUGCGUUUGCAUAGUAGUUGUAGCUGAUUAGUGAAGAAUGUCGAAAGAACCUUUUGAGGACAUCUAAUGAUCAUAUUUUCCCCUCUCUGGCUGUUCCAUGUAGUUGUAGCACGAGGCAGAUUUUCGCUACCUGCUCCAAAGCUGCCUAAUGAUCGCAAUUGGGCACCUUUUCAUGCUGUCAUGGCGACACCGUUGCUUGUCGCAUUUGAACUAAUGCUUUGUAUAUACCUUCAGAGCAGAUAUGUGUGUGCAGUUGUAAGCUUGAAGAUUGUCUUUGCACCCUUGUUGGCAUUUGAACUCGCAAUUCUAUUUGAUAAUGUCAGGAUGUGUAAGGCUCUAAUGCCUGGAGACGAUGAACACGUAAACGAUGAUGUGAUAUGGGAAACGCUUCCUCACUUCUGGAUUUCUAUAUCCAUGGUCUUCUUUCUUGCUGCCACAGUAUUCACUCUUUUAAAGAUAAACGGUGAUAUUUCUGCUCUAGGCUGGUGGGACUUAUUCAUAAACUUUGGAAUUGCACAGGGUUUUGCCUUUCUUGUUUGCACGAAGUGGUAUAAUCCAGCUAUUCACAGACAUGCUCACAUUCAAGAACCCUGUUCAUCUUCAAUGAACGUAAGAUACCUUGACUGGAAUAGUGGCUUAGUCAUUUCUUCAGAUGAAGAUCAAGACGAGACAGUAGUAUGCAGCCUGCAGGAUAUCGGUGGGCAUAUUAUGAAAGUUCCUCUAAUCAUUUUCCAGAUCCUACUCUUUAUGCACUUAGAGGGGAGGCCAUCGGCUGCUAGGCAUAUCCCAAUUCCAGUUCUUUUUGCUCCUCUUCUUUUACUGCAAGGAGUUGGUCUUUUGUUUUCCGCAUAUAGAUUAACAGAGAAAAUUGUUCUUUUAGUACAUAAUGGAGUUUUUUCUGUAAGAUACGUGGACAUAGCAUCAAAAGUUCGCGAGUAUUUUGGGUUCUAUCGCCGUGGUUCAAGGUUAUUGGGCUGGUGGUCGAUUGACGAAGGAAGUCGAGAGGAACAGGCUAGACUGUAUUGUGCAGGGGCUUCAGGGUACAACACUUUUUCACCCGAUAUAGUGAAGAAGUUGCCUAGAUCGGACCUUGUUGAGGAGGUUUGGAAACUGCAAGCUGCACUCAGUGAGCAAACGGAAGUCACGAAAUUUAGCCAGCAGGAGUACGAAAGACUUCAGAAUGAAAAGAUCCUAUGUAGAGUAUGCUUUGAAGAACAGAUUAAUAUAGUCCUGCUUCCAUGCCGGCAUCACGUUCUUUGCAGCACUUGUUGUGAGAAGUGUAAAAAGUGCCCCAUAUGCCGUGUCUGCAUUGAACAGCGACUGCCGAUAUAUCAUGUGUAAAGUAGGCCUGAAGACCAGCAGCUCCACAACUCUUAAGUUGCUUGUGAUUUUAGGUUGAAUCAAGCAAUUGGAAGCUGGAAAUUCUUCUUUCUUCACCCAUGCCCUUCAUGUUGUAUUAUAAUACCAAAAAAGUUGUAAAUAUAAUGUCGUUAUAGUCACCAAUUUCAAAAGUGUUGAUUGAAUUUUCUUGUCCGUAUCUUUACAUUUA